AUGGCCGAUUCGUCAAGCCAGUCUACGUCGCAUACAAAGCCCAAGUCUGCAAGGAAGAAGGGUGUUACUUCAACGAGGCAGUAUGAAAGUUGGACUGGAAGACCCUCUCCCUCACCCGACCCGCCAGGAAGUCCGCAUGGUCAGCCUCCUGCUCGUCGUAGAAGAAGGCUUGGAGACUUUGAUCAAAUCUACAGGGCAUUCGCAGCUUUCGAGAGUACCCUUAAACAGGUAGAUAUUCGAGCGAUACUAGGCCGGCCGAUUAGACGACGACAGAGGAGAAGACCUAGAGACCCAAAUUUACCCAAAAGGAAUGCCCACAGUUAUGCCCACUUUACCAAAACAAAUUAUGCAAUUGUAAAAGCCGAUAUUCCUAACAUUAAUCAAAGGGAUGUUUUCAGAACAUUGGGUCAGAGGUGGAGGGCACUCAGUGCUGAGGAUAAGGAGCGCUAUGUAACAAUGGCACAGAAUGAUAGAGUCAGAUACCUUCGAGAAAUGGAGGAAUAUAGGAGACGUUUUCCUAAUCCAUAA